AUGAAAGUACUUGAAGCCCACCUCAAACCAUUUAAUGUGCUGCUCACGAACAUGGUAGAUGGUCCUGUCAAUCAGACUGUUAUGGUCACUCAAAUUGAUGAACUUCAGUUCGUUAUUAGACAUUUGGAGGCCCUUCGCAGAUAUCUUGCCGUCAUGAUCGAAGACUGGAGCGGAACUCUUAACUUAUAUUUGACCAGUGAAGAGAACGAAAGGACUAUUGCCAGCAUGACCCGCAUGAAUGACAUGAUUUGCAAACUCCGCGAUAAAUAUCUGCGUGCUUAUGAUGAGAUGGGCUUUGGGGACACGACGAUGCUGGCGACAAGGCAAAUAGCGACUGCGGGGACUGCAGGCUUUCCACCAGCCCGGUCGGGGCCAGUUACAGCUCCGUCAAGAGGGACAAUCGCAAGCUUCACUUCGCCUUCGAGAUCAACGUCGUACACUCCCAGGGGAACUGUUGCAGGAAUUCGUGUUGCUCCCUCGCGAAGACAUUUUCUAUCUUUUAUCGCACAACUUCUAGACGUAGUUGAAGAUCUCCUUGAGCGGUCUCAGGUACUCCUGAAGGAGACGGAAGACGAUUCCCUCUACCUUGAUCAGAUCUUGGAAGGUGGGGUAAGUGUUAAUUAUAAUGGCAUCUCGCACACUAGUAGUCUGAGCGAUGCAUUUUAA